ACAGAACACUUUUACUCUAACGAAGGACGGGGUAAUUUCUGCGCUAGCACUCGGAUGUUGGUGAAAAUUAGUUUUGGGACUUAAGAACCCUUAACUCGAGAUGCGAAUUUCAAAUGCCAACUCCUGAUUUAUUGGUAGCCUCUGAAGUCUGAACAAUUCAUAAUAGAAGGAGAAGUAUUCUCCUGCCUAUCACAUGUAUGUCACUUUGACAUAAUUCCUAAAAAUAUGUCAUCAAUUUAUCAGCUCAGUAAUGUCAAUGUAAUUUAUGAAUUAAGACUUAAGUUGCUUUUAUAGGUUUGUAUUUUGUAGCCUAAAGCCUAGGUACAAUCGUUAUCGGUAUCGGCAGAUAAUAAUACUUAUACUUUGCUUUGGAAACUCGAAAUUAAUUAGUAACUUUGAAAUCUAGCAAAGAUUUAUUCAAAAUGAUAACAUUUAGUACAAUAUGUUUAUUAACAAUACUUUUAACUAAUUUCUAUAGUGUUACUGCCGAAUUUUCUACAGAAGACUGCGCAUCACUAGGAUUCAUAAAAGCUAAUCUCUUAUGUUCCUCUUGUGAUAAACUAAAGGACUUUAAUCUGGAGCAGUUACAAGAACACUGCAAGGAAUGUUGUCAUCAUGAUGAUUCUGUGGCCAAAGAAAAGAAGUACGCUCGCGCAAUACUUGAAGUAUGUACAUGUAAAUUUCCGGCCUAUCCUCAAAUACAAGCAUUUGUAAAAGGUGACAAACCUGCCAAGUUUCCAAAUUUGCAGAUUAAGUAUGUUAGAGGAUUAGAUCCAAUUAUAAAGUUGCUAGAUAAGGAUGGUAUAGUCAGAGAUACUGUUGCAAUUGAGAAGUGGAACACAGAUUCCGUUGAAGAAUUUUUAAAUGCCCGGCUAGUGAAGGAGGAAGAUGAAGACAAAGGCUACUUGAAGACAAAUCUUAUAUAAUACAUAUGAUGGUAUUUUAUUUUCUCAAAAUAUUUGACAUAAUAUGGAGCACAACUUUUGUAAAAUCAAUUAUUUAUUUGGUAUUAUACUUACAAGAGAUCUGUGGCAGUCUGCACAUGAGAAGCACCUCUUGUGCCAUGUGCCAUUUUUGGAGUGCAUCUGUUCUGCAGCAUAGACCGGGAAGCCACAGCGUGGGCAACCCUUACCCUUUUCUGCUUUUGGUCCAGUAAAUGGAAGCUGCUCAAGACUGGAAAUUUUAACAAUAUUAUGUGAAUUAUUUUAUGUUACUUAUCAAUAAAUUACAACUGGUCUUACAUCUCUGCCUAUUACAUCAUUAUUAAUGAAUCAUUAUUUUGACUUCAAGUAUACGGGGAUUUGUAAACCACAACACAGGACUCUUUUAUUUGCAAGCUUGCUGAAAUGUAUUGCCAAAUUAUUAAUUAAAACAUUAUGACCUCUUGGUUUGUACUUCAACAACAUCAAUACAUUAAUUAAUUGAAAUUCAAUAGAGAUAUAUAUACCA